CUUCCUGGUGAAUACAGUCACUAGCACAACAUGCACAUAAUCAGAUAUCUCCUCUGCUGUUGGGAAUAAAGGUCAAAGUUUUGUUUUCACGUGAUAGAUGUGGAGGUUUGCAGGUUUUGUGCUCUGGCUUAUUCCAUGUGUGAGCUACAAGGCUGAUCAUCCUGCAAUCAUGAGUGCACGUGGGAGAGCUGCUCUCUGCCUUCUUUUCCUGCUCAGUCUGAACCAAACUCUGCUGUGUGUGACAGCAGGGAAAAUCCUCGUCUGGCCUUCGGAAUUCAGUCACUGGCUUAACAUGAAAAUCAUCAUCGAUGAGCUUAUAACAAGAGGACACAGUGUGACCAUCGUUACUCACAGUGCUACACCAUCUGUAAUGACAGAGCAGUCUCCGGGCUACAAUGUGGAGAUCAUACAGGUGCCUCACAGCAAGAAGGACAUUAUUGACAACUUUGACAGGCUUUUAAACUAUUGGAUGUAUGACCUGCCAAAUACCAACACCAUCCAGGCUUUUCUGAAGCUCUCUGAAAUUAUUGACAAUAUAUUCGAGCAGAAUCAAGUACUAUGCAGAGCGCUUUUUGCACGUGAAGAUCUGCUGGAGAAGUGGAGAAAGGAAAAGUUUGAUGUUCUUCUGACAGAUCCUGUGACUAUAUGUGGGGAACUGUUAGCACAGAAGCUCAACCUGCCGUUCAUCAACAGUGUGAGGAUCAGUUUUGGGAGUUUAAUUGAGCGAUUCUGUGGUCAGCUGCCGACACCACCAUCAUAUGUGCCAGCUGUUGGCAUGGGCUACACGGAUCACAUGGAUUUCCCACAGAGAAUGAAAAAUAUAUUGUUUAUUGUCUUUCAAGAUAUGAUGUUUAAUCUAAUGUUCAAGUUGAAAUGGGAUCACCUCUUUACAGAAGUCAUGGUGCUAAUUAUCCAAAACACAAGCUCUGGAGCGGUACAGUCGAACCCUGGGUAGCAUUGUCUCCUCACAGAUCAAGGUCCUCUGGUUCAAUCUUAAUCUGGUUUUCUGUCUGUGCAGAAUUUCGCGUGUUCUCUGUGUGUUUGCGUGGGUUUCCUCCAGGUCUUUCUGUUUCCUUCCACUGUCCAAAAAUGUGUAUGUAGGCAGACUUGCUAUGCUAAAUUGCCUUUAGGUAUGAAUGAAUGUGUGAACGUAUAUGUGUGCAUGCAAUGAACUGGCAUAUCCUUUAGGUGAGAGCUCCUGCCUUAUUGGGAUUUGUUUCUGGCCCACCAUGACCCCAACCAGGAUAAAGUGACGAUUCAUGAAUGAGCUUUGAAGAUGUUGACUCGUUGUGAUAGAAAUAUUCAGGUGAUUUUACUACCUCUUAUAAAACUUUUCCAACAGUCAUCCUGAACAGGCUCUGUGUUAAUGAUCUACCGCAAGACAAUAAUGACUUUUGUCCAAGGCCCCACAGUGUAUCUAAGGUCAUUACAUAAGAGGUAUAAUUAUGUAGCUCUGCUACCAUUGGUGUGUGAGUGUCUGUGUGUGUGAAUGUGUGUGUGAAUGUGUGAAUGAGAACCAAUGUAAAGUGCUUUGAAGAACCUCUAAGGUUAAAAAGCGCUAUAUAAGUGCAAACCUGCAGUUGCUACUCAGGGGCACUUUACAGGGCGUUUAGAGAAAAUGCUAUUAUACAUCGGACACACGAUAAUGAUCAUACUUCACAAAAUGUUAAUCUUUGAUAAACAACUCACCAAAAUAACCGGUAAACCCACAACAAUAUGUGAAACUAUUGGCAAAGCUGACAUCUGGUUAAUCCGCAUGUAUUGGGACUUUGAAUAUCCACGGCCACUCCUCCCAAACUUCAAAUUUGUGGGUGGCUUACAUUGCAAGCCUGCAAAACCUCUACCAAAAGACAUGGAGGACUUCGUGCAGAGCUCGGGAGAUGACGGUAUUGUAGUGUUUUCAAUGGGUUCCGUAGUAAAAAACCUCACCAAAGAGAAAGCGAACACCAUCGCUUCAGCGCUCGGCCAGAUUCCCCAAAAGGUCUUGUGGCGAUACACAGGCGAGAAACCAGAAGCUCUUGCUUCUAAUACUAGACUCUAUGACUGGAUUCCCCAGAAUGAUUUACUAGGACAUCCUAAAACCAAGGCCUUCAUCACCCAUGGUGGGCUUAAUGGAAUAUAUGAAGCGAUUUAUCAUGGAGUUCCCAUGGUGGGCCUGCCGCUGUUUGCGGAUCAGCCUGACAAUGUAAAUCACAUGAAAACCAAAGGAGCUGCUGUUAUGCUUGACUUCAACAAAAUAGAGACUAACGACUUGAAGCAGGCUGUCGAUGAUGUCAUUAACAAUCCAUCCUACAAGGAGAGCAUGAUGAGGCUAUCCCGAAUCCACCAUGAUCAACCAAUGAAGCCACUAGACCAGGCCGUCUUCUGGAUUGAGUUUGUGAUGCGCAAUAAGGGGGCCAAGCACCUGAGAGUUGAAGCUCAUAACCUCACAUGGUAUCAGUACCACUGCUUGGAUGUAGCAGCCUUUUUGCUCUCUAUAAUAACACUGGCCGUGUUCAUCUUGGUGAAAACGUGCAGUUGCUUCUUUCGCAAAUGUUCCAGAAAGACCGCAACAAAGAGCAAGAAAGAGUGAAGCAUGUGCAUAUUAAUGUAUUAAUAAUUACUGUGAUAUUUGUACAUAUCUUUUUGGACUAAAACACUCUGUGAUACAUGUACAUGUACAUAUCCAGGAUAACUUUUAAAUUAUUCCAACACUAUUCAGAACAAAUCAACUAACCAUGGAUGUUUUUCUAUAUCAUGUAUAGUGUAGUUUGUUUGUUUUUUUAAAUUAAAGAUUAAAAUAAAGAUUUUUUUAGCUUAAUUUCUGAUACAACAAAUUUAUCUUCCCUCUUUUUUCCUUCCAGUAUUCAUCCCAACAGUCAUUCUCACACAUUAUACAGUGUAUGUAAAAUGUCUACACACCCCUGAUAAAAUUGCAGGGUUUUGUGACGUGAAACCAAAAUGAAACCAAGAUAAAUCAUAUCAAAUCAUGACAAACCAUUUUAUAAUGGAGUAUCAUUAUAGACAGUGUAAUUAUCGUACACCUGUCAUCAACAAAAUGAUUCUGAUUAACCACAAAUAAAGUUCAGCCAUUCUUGA